AAAACAGAUAUAGAGAAUAAACAACGUUCCCCAAGUUCCGCUCGAUGUGCAUCCACUCCCGAAGAAAAUAAACGACGACGGAUCAAAGGGGAUCACAAUGAACGACAACGGAACGAUGGGAGGAAUGCCACCAUCAGCACCAAUGCCGAUGAACGAUGACGGCUCAAUGGGAAUGGAUGAUAUGAUGCCGAUGAUGCAAAUGACUUUUUAUUGGGGGAAAGAUGCUUCGAUUCUGUUUUACGGUUGGCCCGGAAACAGCACGGGGAUGUACAUUCUAGCGCUGCUUUUUGUGUUCUUUCUUGCUCUGAUUGUCGAAGCGCUGACUCAUCAUAACCUUACACCAACCAAAUCCAACCAUAUAAUGCGAACCGUGUUACACACGUUAAGGGUGGUGUUUUCGUAUUCGGUGAUGUUGGCGGUGAUGUCGUUUAAUGUUGGUGUGUUAUUGGUGGCGGUACUAGGGCAUGCCAUCGGGUUCUUUUUGUUUCGGGUACUCAAAAAAGCCUGCGAGAAGGAUUUGGAUAUGCCUCCGAUGGCAUGUUAACUCUAUAUCCGGAUUCCAGACCCUUGUUGGUUGUUUAGUUUAUUGGAUUUUCCUAAUCGUAUAAUUAUGUAACUUCUCAUGUUUUGUCUUACCUGGAAAAGAAUGUCGAGCAUUCCUUUUCUAAAAUGCACUCAAAUAGAUGCAUUUGUUGGGCAAGUUCGAAUGUGAAAUUACUUUUUUAUCCACUCGUACCUAACAUCCAUUUAUU